GCAGAGAAGCUGCUGUCUGCAUUCUCUCACCUUACUCGCCGCCAGGAAGCAAUAUUCUCUACACGCGGAUGCUGCCCCUUGGAAUGUGAGAAGGAACUCGAAAUCAUUGCGAAAAUGGAAUAACGGGAAAGAAGAGGAGGUGAUUUGGAUGGAAGAAGAACCGACUUGGUUGAUGAUGCCUCAGCUUCGCCUCCUUGCAUCGGAUUUCUUCGUUUCCUUCUUGUGGGUUUGGUCUGGAUGCCUGCUGAGGUGCUUAGCGUUCUGGUUUUUGGGUUCGGGAAACAGCCCCAUUGUUCUUCUCAUCAAAGGCUCAAUCGCAGUACCCUAUCUCGUUUUCUUCGCCUGGGUGGGCAAGACUACAAACGGAGGCUCUUACAACCCGCUUAUUGUUCUCUGCUACGCUAUAUCUGGGAAUUUCGCUGUUUUCCUCUUUUCGGUUCUUGCUAGAAUUCCUGCUCAAGUUGUUGGAUCAGUUGUUGGAGUUUGGUUAGCUAAGUCAACCUUUCCUGGAGCAUUUCAUGGGCCAAUAUUGAAUGCUGAUAUUCACCGAGGAACAUUCACAGAGGGAUUUCUUACAUUUGUAAUCGUAAUUAUUGUUCUAAUUUUGAAGAAGAAAGAUCUUGGAAGUUCUGCAAAAAGAAUCUGGAUAUCAAGUGUUUCCAAAGUUAUUCUUCACCUUCUUGGUUCUGACAUUACUGGUGGCAUCAUGAAUCCUGCUACUGCCUUUGGCUGGGCAUAUGCUGAGGGAACGCAUGUUUCGAAGGAGCAUAUAUGCGUGUAUUGGCUUGCCCCCAUUGAAGCAACUGUAUUAGGGGUGUGGGCAUGCAGUAUAUUAAUUAAUCCGUUAAGGUUCAAGUUGCAUCAUGGAAAAAUUUGUGCAGAGUUUAAAUUGGACUAAGAUAUGGCGGGAACUUCUAAUCCUAAACCAAGUAUGUGGAAGAAUAUGCUACAAUCUUCUUUAUACUUAACGUCCUUCCGUACGUGAUUUCAUCUCGUCAAAUAUACAUUAAAGGCUGAAUGAUCUCCUAAGUCAAAGUUUGAUGUUCAGUUCUCUUGUAUAGAUUUGUUGGGUGACGGAAGCUUCGUUCCCUGUCCCAUUACCGUAUGCUCUCAUCCCUUUCUCUACUUUUCCAUCUCUCUUUCUGUAUUCUUCUCUGUUGCUUCUUUUUUCUUGCUUGGAACAAGGAUCAGCUCUCCACAGUGAUCCAGGCCUGUAAUGGUUCUUUCCCUCCUCGCCGCACUCUUCUCUCUCGUCCUCUAUAGUUCUUCCAUGGCAGAGCUAACAAGGUUCUUCCACCCAGCAAAAUCCGACGGUACUCUCAGCCUAUUGGCCAUUGGUGAUUGGGGGAGAAAUGGAACUUUCAACCAAUCUCUAGUUGCCUAUCAGAUGGGAGUGAUUGGGGAAGAACUUGACAUUGAUUUUAUAAUAUCAGUCGGCGAUAAUUUCUAUGAAAGCGGACUGAGAGAUGUUGAUGACAUAUCAUUUGAAGAAUCCUUCAGCAAAAUCUACACAGCUAAGAGCCUUCAGAAGCAGUGGUAUAGUGUUCUUGGAAAUCAUGAUUAUAGAGGUAAUGCGAUGGCUCAGUUAGAUCCUAUACUCAGACAGAUUGAUAGCCGCUGGCUCUGCAUGAGAUCAUUUGUUGUAGAUGCAGAGAUUGCAAAUUUCUUCUUCUUGGAUACAACACCAUUUGUCAAGAAGUACUGGAAGAAUCCUAAGAAGAAUCAGUAUGAUUGGAGGGAGGUGGCUCCCAGGAAAAGAUACAUUUCCAGCCUUUUGAAGGACUUGGAGAUAGCACUGGGAGAGUCAGCUGCAACAUGGAAGAUUGUUAUUGGUCAUCACACACUGAGAAGCGUUAGUGAACACGGAGAAACUCCUGAACUUGUCAAGUUGCUUCUACCUAUGCUCAUUAAUUAUGGUGUUGAUAUGUACAUCAAUGGUCAUGAUCAUUGUCUUCAGCACAUCAGCAGUACUGACAGCUUUAUUCACUUUUUGACAAGCGGAGGGGGCUCAAAAGCUUGGAGAGGAAUCAUAAUGCCGACGAUGGAGAAUCUUCAGUUCUUUUACGAUGGUCAAGGAUUUGUCUCUCUUCAAUUGAGUGCAACUGAUGCAAAGAUCAAAUUCUAUAAUGUUUUUGGUGAUGUUUUGCAUGAAUGGAAAAUUACAAAGGAGUUCUAUGACUAUAUUGUUUAAGGAAUUGAAUGUAUUCCCUUACUGGAUGGUGGGUGAUCAUACCUUUCUGUUCGCUUUAAGAAUUAAAUUAAAAAAA